GUUAUUGGCGGCCUCCGCAUCCACAGCGCUGACGACCUGCAAUUGCAAGCACAAAGUUCCAGCUCAGGUGUGCCUGGUCUCUAUGGUCUGCUGCUGCAGGGCAUUGCAGAGCCCCGGGAAAGUGACCUUGUCUCCGUGUCCAUGCCAUCCCUCGAGCAUGCAGCUCGUUUGCAACCUACUGGCCAGCAGUCGUCGGGUGAGAUUCGUGGUGCAGCUCUUUCAGCGAGCAAAGGCAUUAUCCGAUGGGCUGAGCUGCGGUUCAAGAGCCUGGAGCAGGCGCGGCGCCGCGCAGCCGUCUUGUACCUGUGCAGCUGGAGCGCGCUUCACAGAGAGGCAGUGCCUUUCGUCGCGAAGCCCAUGCUCCAAAAUACGGAGGUUGGGGCAUCCGUCCUUCGAUUCUGGGAUGUCUACGGCCUCACGUGGGCGCAGGGAGAGAAGACAUCCAUCCACAAACUGAGGAGCCAAGCGAUGAGACACAACUUCAGCGCUGUCAGUCUGAAUGGCCGUGAGCCGUGGACGUUCGUGAUGAGGCAGGAGUGGCUGGGAUUGGAGCGUCCAGCCAACUCUCUGGCAGAGAAGCCGUUGAUGAUCAAAGAGGCUUUUGCUGGAAACCGAGUUGGUGUCAGCGCAAGUGGACUCUGCGGGGCAGGAGCGCCAGUGAUAAUCUCCGGCGCCAGAAGGCCCCUACGAUCUGGGGCGACCACUCUGCCACCAUUGCCACCAACGCGGCCCGCAUCUUCGGCCACUGCCAGGACACUGAGCCACCGUACGUCUGCAGCUUCCCCAGCGCCGAGCCUGGCAUCCUUAGGAUCGCCUGCUUCCAGCCGGGGCCUCUCUCCCGAGGCUCGCAGGCUUCGGGCGGAGCUCCUUAUCGAUUUCCUGCCCAGGGAGCCAUCGUCUUCUCCUAGACCAGAGACCAGGAGUCCGUCCAGCAGUCCUUCACCCAUUCGUCAUCCUCGCAAUGGGUCACUGCCGCCUGUGAAGUCUUGGUCAUCGAACCGAUUCUCGAAUACGGCACGCUCACCGCGCCAUGCGGGCGAGUUUGAGCGCAUCGUCGUUUCUGACGUUGGUUUCUAG